CAGCAAUGGGUCAUGAUGCUCUGCGCAAUAGGGCCUACCCUUGCCCCCGGCUCUCUCCCACCUGCGCUGCUCUGCUCUUCGUGCUCUCUGUCUAUACACACCUGCUAUAGUCUGCGCUCCAAGAGACCAAGAGCCGCCGACAUCUAUCGAAACGCGCCCCGUAAACUCCGCACUCCGCAUGCACAUGUCCAGGAACCGCUGUCGCGAACUCUCCUACACACACACACACCACUCCUCGGCCUCGGGUCCCACUGCCACAACGCAUCCUGCAGCAACUACGCGUCCAUCGAGCGAAUAGCCCUCCCGUUUAGGCUACCACAUCCAUUAUCCCACCGUGCCUCAGCCUGCCAACCGUACAAAUAAGCAACUCUGUGACCCGCUUGGGGCUCUCCUCGAACCAUGCCGACGUCGUCUGUCCACCCGUUUGCCUCUCCCAACGCCAUUCCGCCCCGCACGAGCUCCACGGGCAUCCUGAACCCUAGCCCAGGCAGCCCCAAGCAGCCGCCCUCGAGAACAUCCGUCCUACGCCCCUUGAGCGAGAUUGACUGGCUGGGCCAGAGCAAGAAGAGCAAGACAAGCCACUCUGCCGAGCCGCUGAACGCCCAUCUACAAGAGCAGCAGUCCGCGCCCCACUUGGCUUCCAACAAGCCUCAGGCCGCCACCGACGGCAUCGACUCCCACAUGGACACCACGACCACAAACCACGAUGUCGGCGCAAACUACCCUACCCCGCUGUCCCCGCCCUCAGAACACUCUAAAGGCAUAGGCGAGGAGCUCAUUUACGGAAAUGGCGUCGCGUGGACAGAGGAGAAGGAGCGCAUAUUGCUAGGGCCAUACGAUUACUUGUACGGACAUCCAGGCAAGGAUAUCCGUAGCCAAUGCAUAGCGGCUUUCAACCUGUGGCUCAAGGUGCCGCCGGAAAGACUUGACAUUAUUACAAAAGUAGUGGGAAUGUUGCAUACCUCGAGUUUGCUUGUCGAUGAUGUAGAAGACUCGUCUGUCCUCCGCCGCGGUAUCCCCGUCGCUCACGCAAUAUUUGGCACGCCGCAGACCAUCAAUUCGGCCAACUAUGUCUACUUCCGCGCCCUCGCCCUGCUGCUCUCCAUGAACAACCCCAAACUUAUUGAGAUAUUCACCGAGGAGCUCUUGAAUCUGCACCGCGGCCAGGGCAUGGAUCUCUACUGGCGAGACAGCCUGACCUGUCCCAGCGAAGCAGACUACCUAGAAAUGGUCGGCAACAAAACAGGCGGCCUAUUCCGCCUAGCCAUCAAACUCAUGCAAGCAGAGUCGCAAACAGAAAUCGACUGCACCCCCCUCGUCUCAACCAUCGGCCUCCUCUUCCAAAUCUUAGACGAUCACCUCAACCUCUCACCCACAUCCGGCUACACCUCCCUCAAGGGCCUUUGUGAAGACCUCACAGAAGGCAAAUUCAGCUUCCCCGUCAUCCACGCCAUUCGUGCCGACCCCUCCAACACCAUUCUUAUCAAUAUCCUCAAGCAAAAGACGACGGAUGAGGAGGUGAAGAAGUAUGCGCUCAGGUAUAUGGAGAGUAAGGGCAGCUUCGAGUAUAGUAAGAGUGUGGUGGCCGAGUUAAGGGCGAAGGUUGAGGAGCAUAUGCAGAGGAUUGAAAGGGUGUUGGGAGAGGAAGGGAGGGAAGGGGCCGAGGCAUUGAGGGUUAUGUUGGGGAGAUUGGUGUUGAGGUGAGGGAAUCUUUUUCUCUGCAAUUUUUCCAGAGGGAGGGAGAGAUGUAAUAAAGGUGUUUGUUGCUUGAUUGAUCUUGGAUGGUGACGAUGAAUCUUGUUUACGGCCUUGGAGUAGUUUGAGACAAAAAUGGUAUACCCAAAUUUUCAAUACAAUCGUCAUAUUUUUCAGAGGAA